AUGUCACGAUAUUUAGUUUUUCUUUUAUAUUAUUCUGCGUUCCUGAAGGCAGCUCUAAGUUGGUCACACUCAGGACGUCAUGCAUCAGCAAACCAAAGAGCGUUAUUCGGAUCUCUAACAACAUCUGAUCAUACUGACCGAAGACUACUGGAUCGAUGGGUUCGCUUCAGUAGAAGAAUGGCUGAUCAUGAUGAUGAUCCUUUGAUGAUUUUUCAAGCUGUGCAAUAUGAAUAA